CGAAUCUUGUCAAAUAUGAACUUGAAUCACACAAAGUGAGAAAUCAUCAUUACUUAACAAUUGUACAUCGUACAAAACGAUACGGGUUUCCGAGUAGCGCUCAAUAAAUCUGUGAUUGUUAGAAGUAUUUGUGGAAAUUUUUCUUGAGUAAAACAUUUCAGUUGCAAAUUAAAUCAAAGUCAACGCAAUAUUUGCGACGAAAAAUAUAAAAACUUCAUUCAGAAAAAAUUGUGAAAUUUUUUUUUGCAAAUAAAUUAAAAUCAGGAAGUAAAAAUGUCGAAUCAAUCCGCAUUCGCCGAAUAUGAAUCAGAAGACCGAAUGAGCAAAUUGAUUCAAAAAUCGAAGGAUUCGCCGUUCGUACCAAUAGGAAUGGCUGGAUUCUUUGGAGUGGCAGCAUUGGGUGCAUACAACUACAAAAACCGCGGUAAAAUGACAACGAGUAUUUAUUUAAUGCAGUUGCGUGUUGCUGCGCAAGGAACUGUCGUUGGAGCUCUGUGCUUGGGCUUAGUUUAUUCAAUGGCCAGUCGUUAUUUGUUCAAAAAGGAUUCCAGUACGGAUGAAAACAACCACUAAUAAAAAACAAACACACACACACAGAGAUUUCAAAAGAUCCGGUUCAAUAUUCAUAAAUUCAUCAUUCGAAUAUAAAUUCCCGUUUAGUUUUAAAUAACUUGGUAUACAAGUCAACUAGCUCAGCAAUUAUUCACAGCAAUAAUUUUAAUAGGCGCUAGAUGCUGUGCAGAAAGUCAGCUGUAUC